AUGUCCGCCGCUGACGAGCUUCUGCGCGACUUUGAGGACGAUGAAGAAGACUUCCAGGACGACGAGCAGAUCGAACAGGACGAAGACCUCUUGGAGGAACAAGUCGCACAAGAAGCCGCAAAGCCGUCGAACGAGUUCGAUCUCUCCGUCGAGACUGCCGACGAACUGACCCGUCUACACAAAGUCUUGCGCGAUCACUAUUCCAUUCGAUUCCCCGAACUAGAAACCCUCGUCACGAAUUCGAUCAAGUAUGCGAAAACCGUCGCCAUCCUCAAAAAUGGACCCCUCGAUGAUAUUAAAGCCAUCUCGAACUCGGCGGACAAUAUGGCCGGCGAGCCACUCAAGUCUGUGUUGGAUGGACCUACACUCAUGGUCGUUGCGGUGGAGGGCACAACAACUCGCGGCCGGGAGAUGACCGACUCCGAGCUCAAGGUUGUCCUCGAUACCUGUGAGAGGAUUCUCAAGCUUGAUCGCGAGCGCACUGCUCUCACGGAGAGCAUUCGGUCUCGUGUGAACUCCAUUGCACCUAAUUUGGCCGCGCUUAUUGGGGCCCAUACGGCUGCGCAGUUCCUAAAUCAAACCGGUGGUUUGCGCGAACUUGCCAAGAUUCCUGCGUGUAAUUUGGGCGCGCAGGGUUCACGGAGGCAAGAAGGACUUGGAUUUGCUACAAAUAUCGGCAUUCGGUCACAGGGCUUCUUGUACGAUUCUUCGCUUAUCCAAGAGGUGCCAAACGACCUGAAAAAACAAGCUAUUCGGAUUGUCGCUGCCAAGAUGGUUUUGGCCACACGUGCGGAUAUUGCCAACUACAACAAGGAUGGCUCGCUGGGCGAGGAACUUAAAGAGCAGUGUUUCAAGCGGUUAGAGAAACUUACGGAGCCCGCACCAAACUCCGGAGUCAAGGCACUUCCUGCACCAGACGACAAGCCAUCUCGGAAACGAGGUGGACGACGUGCACGCAAGGCCAAGGAGGCCGUCGCCAUGACCGAGCUACGAAAGGCACAGAAUCGUGUUGCUUUUGGCAAGGAAGAGGCAGAAGUUGGAUACGGUACUGGCGAAGGUACCGUGGGUCUGGGCAUGCUCGGCCAACAAAACGACGGCCGGAUUCGCGCAACACAGAUCGACCAGCGUACCCGUGCCAAACUCAGCAAAAACAACAAGGGAUGGGGUACUGCCACCCCUUCCAGCGGCACUGCCUCGUCCCUGCGUGGCUUUGGGCAGGGUGGCCCCUCUGGCACCGCUAGUGUGCUACAAUCUAAGGGUCUCCGCUCAUCAGGCGUCGGAUCCUUGUCCGCCACUGCAGGUACCGCCAGUACGAUUGCUUUCACUCCCGUCCAAGGCCUGGAACUUGUCGAUCCUAAGGUGCAGGCUGAGAUGAAUCGCAAGCGCAAAGCCGAUGAAGAUCGCUGGUUCAACUCUGGAACAUUCACCCAGGUUGGUGGCGGCCAGAGCAGCAUCAACAUUCAAAAGGAUCGCGACGGAUUCAAGGUGCCCGCUCUUCCGCCUAAGAAGAAGGUUGACACCGGGGAUGGCAAGAUGGGGCCAACCCCCAAGCCGUGA